AUGGCGGAGCUGUUGAAAAUAAAACGUGAAUUUGAAGAGUUCCAAAAGGAAUACUACUAUAGAAACAGAGAAGCUGAUGAGAACAGAGAGAAGGAGAACCAGGCCGCCACCCAGAUCCAGAGCUGGUUCAGAGGCUGCAAGGUGCGGGCUUACCUCAGCCAUCUCCACAAGAAGGCAAUCAUUAUACAGAAGAUAUGGCGGGGCUUCACAGCAAGGGCACGUGUCAGACAAAUGGUGAAGGCGGCAUAUUUUAUCAUGAAGAUGAAUUUCUACGAGGAGAUGGCGGUCAGGAUCCAGCGGACAUGGAGAGGAUUCUUUGUGAGGAAAUAUAUCCAUAACUUCUAUGCACGCAAAAAGUAUAUGGAAGGACUUGUCAUGAAAAAUGAACUAGUCAGGAGGGAGCUUGAUCAGCUGGAAGAACUCCAGAAAAGGGAGAGAGACUGUCUGGAUAUGGUGAAAGAGCACACAGCCAAAGUCUAUCAAGCUCAUCGGUUACAUCAUCUCCUCAGUACAAAGCAGUGCCCAGGGGUCUUCAACUCUCCAUUCAGGCCAGCUCCUCAUGAGAUGGAGCUGCUGCUGAGGCAGGUCAAGUACCAGGCCCCCACCAGGCUGGUCUCCAGGGGCAAGGCUUGUCUCUUGGGCAUCCCAAGCUCAACAAGCUCUAGUUUCCCUGCGACUCUUGGAUCCCCAUUGAUCAAAACCUCUAGAACUUACAGCUCCAGGCCCAUACUGCCUCCCAUUGCCAACAAGACACAGCAGGGUCUUUACAGAGAAGCAGGAGAGGCUUGGGAGCAGCGCUUGCAUUGUCGUGAAUUGAUGUUGUGUCUGCAGACCUCUUACAUGCAUCUAGAGGAGGCCCAGAAUCAGCUACGUCAACUCGAGCCAGUGAGACUUAGGUGCAUCUACUAG